AUUGCAUGGCGACUGAGUUAUGGAGGUACAUUUUACGAAAGCAUAUCGUUGGAAAUUUGGGGCCUAUAGAGAGAGAAUGACUAAAUCAAAGCUGUAUAGGCAAGCUCAAUUGUGAACGUGUUUUUGUUUAAUCUUUUCAUUGUUUCAUCUUGUCAAACAAGUAUAACUACUAAAGCUAGCUAGUCUGUGGUAAGUUAGCGUUUUACUUCCGUGUUUAGCGGGGUUCUCUAGUCUAAAGUAUUCAAGUAAACUAACUACGUUUCUUCGGGAUAAAGACAGCAAAAAUGGGUUCUUCACAAACUACGCACGAAGAUUCGGGCUAUGUCAAUGAAAACUCUACAGGUUUGCUACCUGUGCUCCCCCUGGAAGUCCUGGAGGAGAUGUUCCUGAAUGUUCCUCCACACCAAUUGGUGUGCGUCUGUCGACUGGUGUGUCGAGAAUGGAAACAGUUAGUAGACAGUGAUUCUCUUUGGAGAAAGAGGUGCCGAAGAGAGGGGUACCUGCCAUGUGAUGCCGCUACGCUACCCAAAGAUUGGCAUUUGUUUUAUUUCUUGUGUAUAAAGAGACGUAAUCUUAUCAAGAACCCCAAAGCAGAGGAUAAAUUUAAUGACUGGCAAAUAAUAGCGAAUGGAGGGGAUAAAUGGGGAGAAGAACCAGUGAGAGAGCCACAUCCUGAUACUACUGUCCAAAGAUUAUUUUUAACUUCUUUAUCGCCCUGUUUGAAGCUUCAGCUGAUUCACUUGGAGAAAGAGGGUUACAGUCCUUCUUUCAUGGAUGAAUUUCAACCUGACAUUGUAAUAUCUGACUGGUAUGCUCCACGCUGGGACUGUGGUUCUCAAUAUGAGAUCUGUGUGGAAUUGCUGAAUCAUAAGAAGAAAACAAUUGAGAAGUUUAAUCCAGCUCCUGUCAUCUUUGAACAGUGGAAUGAUCAGAAAUGGAAUCAGAUGACUCAUGUGUUCAAGAAUUAUGGACCUGGUGUGCGAUACAUCCGAUUUGUUCAUGGAGGAAAGGACACUCAGUUCUGGGCUGGUUGGUAUGGAAUUCGGGUCACCAACAGUAGUGUCGAGAUAUGCCCAUCGGUCGACCGAUAGCUGUCGGUGUUCCUGUUUAUUCUACCAAGAAGUUACAUGUGAACAUUGUGCAUUCCUGACAGCUUUUAACAUCUGAAGCUUUCUGUAAUGGAAUACUACCCUUUGUUUAUGGUUAUUGAGACAAUAUGUAUUGUUGUUUCCCUGUAGUUAUUAAUUAUUUUGGAUACGAAAACAAACCAAAUAACGAAAAAUGUGAACAGAAAAUGUUAUGUACUUAAAUAUCAGAUCUAUUUUAAGGCAAAUGACACCUCGUUAUACUCAUCUAAUUUUCGAAAUAUCAAUACCAAGGGUCUUCAACUCUUACCGUUUGAGGGCCGGAGUGAUUUCUAUUCUGCCUCAUUAAUUGCAUCCACCUGUUGUCCUAUGUCUAAACUAGUCACUGUGAGUUGAAAUGUAAACAUUUUCCAGAUUUGAGUUUAAGGUAUCUGUAUGAAUGUAAUUGUAUAAUGUAUAUUGAGAGGUUACCGUGAUUACGUGUAUAAAGAUAAGAAAUAUUGUUUUUGUAAACUUCAAUUCUAGUGCCUUAAAUGUUUUCCCUUUUCUGAUAUUUUUUGUUAAAUUUUUUCUACAUUUUAUAUUAAAGGGAUAGUUUGUCU